AUGAGAAAAAAGAAAGGAAAAAAGGAAAUCAGUGUAGUUUCUUAUCAUCCACUUUAUUAUUGGGAUUCAGACAUCAUGGAAUUAAUUCUACAACAUUUAACACCGGCGGAAUUGCUGACAUUGUCGGAAGCGUCACCAGAUUUUUUCAAUUACCUUUUGGACUGCAAGCAGUUUCGCAAUUGUGUGAAGUUUGGAAUCAACACGAAUGCAAAUUGUUUCGUCAGUGAAAGAGCGUUUGGAAAAUUUUUGGCUAAGCUAAGGCGAAAUUACGAUGCUUUACAUUUAAAGAAAACUGAUUUGGUGCCGAAACUACCUGCGAUUGUUAGGAAUAUGAAAAUGUCGGUUAAAGAAUUGAUCGUUGAAGAUAUGACUUUUAAUCGACCGAUAUUAAUGCAGAAAGUUAUAAAUUCUGUAAAGGAUACAGUUGAAAAGCUGGUGCUUAAAAAUAUUCUGAUUUUUAAUUGCGACAAUGUUGUAAUAAUGAACUUGAAGCACUUGAAACACCUCGAAAUGAUAGAUUGCAAUGACAAUGAAAAUGCUUUCGUUAAACGAGUUUCUUUCCAAAUAAAUUUCUGCAAGUUUCUUGAAUAUUUGAAGUUGCAUUUUGCUGGCGUCAGUGCAGAAAACACAGGAACUCUUCUUCAUGAAAAUCCUAACAUCAAAAAUCUCACACUCGCUGAUAUUCGUGAGCCAUUCUUUGAUGAUUUCAAGAAUAUAAAAAAUCUUAAAAUCGAAGACUUUACAAUAACUUUCUCAUCAUCAAAUCGUCUUCGACCAAAGCCAUAUCUGGUUGAGUUUCUGGAAGUUCAUUCAUCGACAUUAAAGCAUUUCAACACAAAUUGUUACGUCAAUUGUGACCUCUUGAAUUUCUUAUUCAGAUUACCAAACCUUGAGACUCUCCGCAUUUGUCGUUCGCUGAAAUUCUUCAUCUGGAUGGAUUCUAUUGAAAUGAAGUACCGAUUGAAGGCCAGUAAAUCUUUAAGGGAAUUGAUACUGACUGAUGAUCUCACACGACAUGAACUCAUAUGGACAACUCUGAUCGAAAAUGCACCAAAUCUCAACCACUUCCAAAUGUACAACUCAAGGUAUUGUUCAGUAGAACGCUUUUGUCAAUAA